AUGAGCCGGCCCCCGGCGACGGGGAAAAUGCCCGGCGCCCCCGAGGCCGUGUCGGGGGACGGGGCGGGCGCGAGCCGCCAGAGGAAGCUGGAGGCGCUGAUCCGAGACCCUCGCUCGCCCAUCAACGUGGAGAGCUUGCUGGAUGGCUUAAAUUCCUUGGUCCUUGAUUUGGAUUUUCCUGCUUUGAGGAAAAACAAGAAUAUAGAUAAUUUCUUAAAUAGAUAUGAGAAAAUUGUGAAAAAAAUCAGAGGUCUACAGAUGAAGGCAGAAGACUAUGAUGUUGUAAAAGUGAUCGGGAGAGGUGCUUUUGGUGAAGUGCAGCUGGUUCGUCAUAAGGCAUCACAGAAGGUUUAUGCUAUGAAGCUUCUUAGUAAGUUUGAAAUGAUAAAAAGAUCAGAUUCUGCUUUUUUCUGGGAAGAGAGAGAUAUUAUGGCCUUUGCCAACAGUCCCUGGGUGGUUCAGCUCUUUUGUGCUUUUCAAGAUGAUAAGUAUCUGUACAUGGUAAUGGAGUACAUGCCUGGUGGAGAUCUUGUAAACCUUAUGAGUAACUAUGAUGUACCUGAAAAGUGGGCCAAAUUUUAUACUGCUGAAGUUGUUCUUGCUCUGGAUGCCAUACACUCCAUGGGUCUCAUUCACAGAGAUGUAAAGCCUGACAACAUGCUCUUGGAUAAACAUGGACACCUAAAGUUAGCAGAUUUUGGCACAUGUAUGAAGAUGGAUGAAACAGGCAUGGUGCAUUGUGAUACAGCAGUUGGAACACCUGAUUAUAUUUCACCUGAGGUUCUCAAAUCACAAGGGGGUGAUGGUUACUAUGGGCGAGAAUGUGAUUGGUGGUCUGUGGGUGUUUUCCUUUUUGAGAUGCUGGUGGGGGAUACUCCAUUUUAUGCAGAUUCACUUGUAGGAACAUAUAGCAAAAUUAUGGAUCAUAAAAACUCACUGUGUUUCCCAGAAGAUGCAGAAAUUUCUAAACAUGCGAAGAAUCUCAUCUGUGCCUUCUUAACAGAUAGGGAGGUACGACUUGGGAGAAAUGGGGUAGAAGAAAUCAAACAACAUCCUUUCUUUAAGAAUGAUCAGUGGAAUUGGGAUAACAUAAGAGAGACGGCAGCUCCUGUAGUACCUGAACUCAGCAGUGACAUAGACAGCAGCAACUUUGAUGACAUCGAAGAUGAUAAAGGAGAUGUAGAAACCUUCCCAAUUCCUAAAGCUUUUGUGGGAAAUCAGCUGCCUUUUAUAGGAUUUACCUACUAUAGAGAAAAUUUGUUAUUAAGUGACUCUCCAUCUUGCAGAGAAAAUGAUUCAGUACAGUCAAGGAAAAAUGAAGAAAGCCAAGAGAUUCAGAAAAAACUAUACACGUUAGAAGAACACCUUAGCACUGAGAUACAAGCCAAAGAAGAAUUAGAGCAGAAGUGCAAAUCUGUUAAUACUCGCCUUGAGAAGGUAGCAAAGGAGCUAGAAGAGGAGAUUACCUUAAGGAAAAAUGUGGAAUCAGCAUUAAGACAAUUAGAAAGAGAAAAGGCACUUCUUCAGCACAAAAAUGCAGAAUAUCAGCGGAAAGCUGAUCACGAAGCAGACAAGAAACGAAAUUUGGAAAACGAUGUUAACAGUUUAAAGGAUCAACUUGAAGAUUUGAAAAAAAGGAAUCAGAACUCUCAAAUAUCCACUGAGAAAGUAAAUCAACUCCAGAGACAACUGGAUGAAACCAAUGCUUUGCUGAGAACAGAAUCUGAUACUGCAGCCCGAUUAAGAAAAACCCAGGCAGAAAGUACAAAACAGAUUCAGCAGCUGGAAUCUAACAAUAGAGAUCUUCAAGAUAAAAAUUGUCUGCUGGAGACUGCCAAGUUAAAACUUGAAAAGGAAUUUAUCAAUCUUCAGUCAGUUCUAGAAUCUGAAAGGAGGGACCGAACCCACGGAUCAGAGAUAAUUAAUGACUUACAAGGUAGACUAUCUGGCCUAGAAGAAGACUUAAAGAAUGGCAAAAUCUUAUUAGCGAAAGUAGAGAUGGAGAAGAGACAACUACAGGAGAGAUUUACUGAUUUGGAAAAGGAAAAGAACAACAUGGAAAUAGAUAUGACAUACCAACUAAAAGUUAUACAGCAGAGCUUAGAACAAGAAGAAGCUGAGCAUAAGGCUACAAAAGCACGGCUGGCAGAUAAAAAUAAAAUUUACGAAUCCAUUGAAGAAGCAAAAUCAGAAGCCAUGAAAGAAAUGGAGAAAAACCUCUCAGAGGAAAGGACGUUAAAGCAGAAGGUGGAAAACCUGUUGCUGGAAGCUGAGAAGAGAUGCUCUAUAUUGGACUGUGACCUCAAACAGUCACAGCAGAAAAUAAAUGAACUCCUUAAGCAGAAAGAUGUGCUCAAUGAAGAUAUCAGAAACUUGACAUUAAAAAUAGAGCAAGAAACUCAAAAGCGCUGCCUUACACAAAAUGACUUGAAGAUGCAAACACAGCAAGUUAACACACUAAAAAUGUCAGAAAAGCAGUUAAAACAGGAGAAUAAUCAUCUCAUGGAAAUGAAAAUGAGCUUGGAAAAGCAGAACGCUGAACUUCGAAAAGAACGUCAAGAUGCAGAUGGGCAAAUGAAGGAACUCCAAGAUCAGCUUGAAGCAGAGCAGUACUUCUCAACUCUCUAUAAAACACAGGUGAGAGAACUUAAAGAGGAAUGUGAAGAAAAGACGAAACUUUGUAAAGAAUUACAGCAGAAGAAACAGGAAUUCGAGGACGAAAGGGACUCCUUGGCUGCUCAACUGGAGAUCACCUUGACCAAAGCAGAUUCUGAGCAGCUGGCUCGUUCAAUUGCUGAAGAGCAAUAUUCUGAUUUGGAAAAAGAGAAAAUCAUGAAAGAGCUUGAGAUCAAAGAGAUGAUGGCUAGACACAAACAGGAACUCACUGAAAAAGAUGCUACAAUUGCAUCUCUUGAAGAAACUAACAGGACACUAACUAGUGAUGUUGCCAAUCUUGCAAAUGAGAAAGAAGAAUUAAAUAACAAAUUAAAAGAUGCCCAAGAACAGCUAUCACGGUUGAAAGAUGAGGAGAUAAGUGCAGCCGCUAUUAAAGCACAAUUUGAGAAGCAACUAUUAACAGAGAGAACACUGAAAACUCAAGCUGUGAACAAGUUGGCCGAGAUCAUGAAUCGAAAAGAACCUGUCAAGCGUGGUAGUGACACUGAUGUGCGGAGAAAAGAGAAAGAGAAUAGAAAGCUACAUAUGGAGCUUAAAUCUGAACGUGAAAAAUUGACCCAGCAGAUGAUCAAGUAUCAGAAAGAACUGAAUGAAAUGCAGGCUCAAAUAGCUGAAGAGAGCCAGAUUCGAAUUGAACUGCAGAUGGCCCUGGACAGUAAAGAUAGUGACAUUGAGCAGCUGCGGUCACAGCUCCAGGCCUUGCAUAUUGGUCUGGAUAGUUCCAGUAUAGGCAGUGGACCCGGGGAUGCUGAGGCAGAUGAUGGCUUUCCAGUUCAUAUCACUCAGUCACGCACUAUGGAAUCCUUGUCAUUCACCUACCAACGUUCCUCUACUUCUCUCAAUAUUGCCACUAAGCCUUCCAGUUCUCAUAUGCUUCUUGACUCUGAUUCUGACUCAGAAGAAGAAUCUUUGCCUUACUUACCUAUUUCAUCGGAACCUGAUGGUACAGAAUCAAGACUAGAAGGAUGGCUUUCAUUGCCUGUGCGAAACAACACUAAGAAAUUUGGAUGGGUUAAAAAGUAUGUGAUUGUAAGCAGUAAGAAGAUUCUUUUCUAUGACAGUGAACAAGAUAAAGAACAAUCUAAUCCUUACAUGGUUUUAGAUAUAGACAAAUUAUUUCAUGUCCGACCAGUUACACAAACAGAUGUAUAUAGAGCAGAUGCUAAAGAAAUUCCAAGGAUAUUUCAGAUUCUGUAUGCCAAUGAAGGAGAAAGUAAGAAGGAACAAGAAUUUCCCGUGGAGCCCGUGGGAGAAAAGUCAAAUUAUAUUUGCCAUAAGGGACAUGAGUUCAUUCCUACCCUCUAUCAUUUCCCAACCAACUGUGAGGCUUGUAUGAAGCCUUUAUGGCAUAUGUUCAAACCGCCCCCUGCAUUAGAGUGCCGCCGCUGCCACAUUAAAUGUCAUAAAGAUCACAUGGACAGAAAGGAGGAGAUUAUAGCACCUUGCAAAGUUUAUUAUGAUAUUUCGACGGCCAAGAACCUAUUGUUAUUGGCAAAUUCUACAGAAGAGCAGCAAAAGUGGGUUAGUCGGUUGGUGAAAAAGAUACCUAAAAAGCCUCCAGCUCCAGACCCUUUUGCACGGUCAUCUCCUAGAACUUCAAUGAAGAUACAACAAAACCAGUCUAUUAGACGGCCAAGUCGACAGCUUGCCCCAAACAAACCAAGAUUGCUUGAUUUGGCAUUUAAAGACUGGGAUUGGUCAUUUGAUGAUGUUGAUGGUGGUGAUGAUGAUGACGAUGUUUUUGAUUUCUGAAGAAAUAAAUGGGCUAGCUGCCUUCUGUGAAUGCAGUUGUUAUUCAAGGUGGUCAUAUUCUUCCAGUUAAAACAAGACUGAAAUAUGAUGGCCCAAAAUUUCUUAAAAAGCUAUAUUUUCCUGAGAGACUGAUACACACACACACACACACACACACACACACACACACACACACACAUUUCCCUUUAUUCCUGCAAUAUAAAUUAUAAAUCUUGGAGAUCUUCUGCUCUCCUUUGGAGCAACAUGUUGAACCAACAGUGAUUGGUUAACAGAGUAAGAAAAUCAUACAACUCUUCCAAAGUUGUUCCAUGAAGCUCUCUUGGCAGUCGCUCACACUACAUUGCACAAAAGGCUUGAGAAGAGUUAAAGAAAUCAUCUUUUCAGCUUCAACAGAGAGAUUUCACCAGCACAUUCACCAGAAGAGUCUGGGAAUGGGUUCCACUACAGUGAUGGAGACUGCAUCUUUAAGAAGUGACCAUUAUACUGUGUGUGUGGGGGUGUGUGUGGGGGUGUGUAUGUAUAUAUAUGUACAUAUAUGUAUAUAUACAUGCACACCCCCACACACACCCCCCCACACACAUAUACAUAGUACUGUAUUACUGCAAGAGGGUUCUUCAAAUGUCCCAUUUAUUUUUUUACAUACAGUAAUCAGAUAUCAUAACAAACUGCAGUUGCAACUAUGCACUUGUAUAAAGCCAUAACGUUGAAGUUUGUAUCCCUCAUUUGUGUAUACCCCAUGGAAGCUGCAUGAUCAUGUUUAAGCAGUGACUGUAACAAGAAGUUUGAAGUUAAUUCUAUCAGUUUCCUAAUGCUUCAUGAUAGGCAACUUUACCCAUUUUGAAUGCCUUAAUUUAAUUUUUUUUAAUGUCUCACCUUUUUCUGUAUUUUGAACAAAAAGUGUUUACCAGCUCUUAGGAUGCAAAUUCGCUUUGCAAAAGAAAAAUAGUGCACUAUUUUUACAUGUAAUAGUUAUCAGUGUCAGACUAUCUUGAUUGUAUAACAGAAUUUUUUUUAAGUACCCGUGAUAGAAACAAUAAUGGAUAAUAUUGGAACUAAUAUAUCUUUUAUGUUUAUUAUUCAUCCCACUCUGCUUACAGACCUCAGUAUUAGUGUAUGAGUAGGAAAUGUUUGCUUCGCUUUGAAUUUGCUGGCUACCCUAGAUGUGUUUUUAUUUCUGGCAGAGACAUUUGUGACUGUUUCUACAUUUUCACACUCAAGAUUCUAAGAUUAUCUCAAAUAUAAAGAAAACUAAGACAUACUGUAGAUAUAUUUUAAAUAUUUAAAUGUGAUCCCUCAAACACACAACUGAGUAUGGCAAUAUUUCAGCAUUGGGUUAAGAAAACUGGUGACUAGGAAGAAGUGGCCUCAAAGGCUCUUAACUUGAUUUUUAUUUUUUAAAUGAUGUUAAAGUUGUAGGUUAUGCAGGACCACUUCUGCCAUAUUUGUCAUUAUCCCAGAAAAAUGUGUUUUUUACUGCUACAGUAUGCAUCAGUGCUAAGUUAUCAAGUUUGAAAAAAGUAUGUAGUCUUUUAUUAGUCUCUUUAUAUACAUACAGAGUUGGUGUGAUACUGAAAUACAUCAUCUAAUAUUUCAAUGAAGGAAAUAGACCUUUUUCAUUGACUCCCCUUGGGGUCAGUGUAGAAAUGGUUAAAGAGUUAGACCCCCAAAAUAUAGACACUGUUGUGGAAAUUGAACCGCGGCCUCUGGCCUGAUGGACUAAACCUGAAUCUUGUCAUUCUCACAUUGUCCCGCCUACGCUCUCUCACGCUGUCUGCGCUGAGUCCGGACACGCAUGCCAUUUCCCUCCCCGGGAUGUUCUGCGGUUCUGGCUUGGGGACACAGCUUUUGUUUUUUUGGGGUUUUGUUUUUGUUUUUGUUUUUGUUUUUUUUGUUUUUAAGAUUUAAAAAUGAGAACUAUAUAAAAUUUAUAUAGAAUAAAUAUUUCCAUUCAUUAGACUUGUUAAAAGGAGACUGAAUUAAUAUUUUAUAUAAAGAUUUUGUUACACUAUGGGAGGUUCUAUCAUAUUAUUCUGAAUUGGAGAGUAUAUAUAUAUAUAUAUAUUUUUAAUAAACUUUAUUAAGGUGAAAUAAUUUGAAGUUUACACAUGAGUAAUUGAAAUAUUUGAGUAAAAAUGGCAAAAGUUUAAAUUUUGAAUGCUGUAUAUAUUAGAGAAUAUGGAGAAUCAUGGUGUGCUGCAACUAUACAAGGAAAAUUAAUGUGAAGUUUUUUGGGGAAAAGAAAGUAUUCUAAGGGGUGGGAAAAAAUCUCUCCCAUGGAGAUUCUUCACAUUAUAUGGUUUAACAUAAGGGUUUUUAGGUCGUUUCUCCAGCUAAUGGAAAUGCGCUUAAUAAAAAUUCUGACCUUGGGUAAGAGUUUGCUUUUUACCCUUUUGCUCAUUUCACGUACGUGCAUGAAUGCAUACCCCUAUCCAAACGUCCUCUUCCCAGCACUCAUUAAAUACAAUAUUGACUCGGUUUAACAACCUGAUUUUGUGCCAGCUUCUCUUUUUCUUGAGGCUCCAAAGCUUCCCAGAUAAAUGCAAGACCGAAAGUUGCUUAUUUCUUCACACCUGAUUUCUCCUAGAGCCGUAAAUACCUCCUGUUGAGAACUAAGAAGUAGUGAAUACUGGGAUUUUCUUAGUUGGAUUUUGUACUUUUCUUUAGUGGGGAUAGCGAGACCGAAGUAGAAGGAAAACUGGUGCCGGUGUUACUGUUCAAAAUUAAUGUAUAGUGAGGUUUUGAAAAGUAUUAAAACGUGCUAUCUAGAAGCAAGAUUUUUAAAAAAUCUGAAAUUUGUAAAUGCCUUUAGCUAUCUAAAGGAUACCGAGAAAUCUAAAAUAAGGUGAGUGUUUUAAAAUUGACCUGUGCUGGAGUCACAAAUCUGGCUCUGAACGAUGUCUUUUGUGUCGGUUCAUCUGUAGACCUUCAAAAAGAAAUACUCUGGGUUUGCCAAACCACAGUUGAAGAAAUUUUGCUGCUGUUGUUAAUCUGUUCCCACAGGAUUCUGGUGGUAAAAUAGAGAAACUUAGACGCUGUAUUACUUUAUUGAAACAUGCUUUAAAUAACAUGUUUAGUAUUCUGUGAGAGGAAGUCACUUCUGAGUUUCUCGGUCUGUGUCGACACUGCUACUGAAUCACGUCUCCUCCCCUGGAAGAAGGCUCCAGUUUCCCUCUGGCGUGAAGACACCAUAGUUGAUUCACAAAGCACUUUGAAAAUAGGCGCUGUGUGACAGUGCUGAAUAUUAUGCUUGGGGGGCCUGUCCCUGAUUCCCUUCCCCAUAGUAAUGAGUUUUGUUUGGAAUUGUAUUAAGUUAUGAAUUGCAUGGUUUAGAUAAUCGUAAAUAUUUGAUCAGCUGUCCCCUCUGAACAAAAAUCGUACCCCCCGAUCUUUUAAAAAAAUUUUUGUUGCAUCUUUGUAGUAAUGUAAUUGUAUUUUAUGCCUGCUUUUUAUAUUAAAAAAAUUAAAUAAAAGAAAUUAAGACCUGA